UUAAGGUAUCGAUAGGUUUUCAUAUUUGACUUCAGUAGUAAACUGUAUUCCAGUGUUUACGUAAUAUUUUCCAAUCUUCCAGUUGGUCGCUGAGUCACUGCACUGUGCCUCCCCUCGUAUUGCUUGUGGAGUUCUUGCUCCUAGCCUUCGUAUUCUGGAAAGGCUCACACAAGAAUGCAGAAGUUAGCUCAUCCUGAGACGCUUCGCAACAUGGCAAUCCAGGCACUAGGGAAAUAUGUGUCAGAUUUCAUGAUGCGACUCAUCAUGCUCUCUACACACUCGAGACGUUGUGGCAACAACUUUCGUCACCAUCACGAACAGUGUCGCCAUCUGAGGAUGAGUCUCUUGAAAUGGGUACCAUUCAACAUCGCCAGAGAGAUCACAACUGUGCUGAUCAGAUGCGUCAAUCAAACUUACAUUGAGCUGAUAAAUAUAAGAGACUUCAAGAUCGCCUGCGAUAAAAUAGCUCCACUACUAAUCAAAUCUGUAUUACAUCCAUCAGUGAAGAUACUUGACUGUAUCCCCAAAACUUCACAUCCAACAAUACUUGAUUUUUAUAAAAUUAAAAACUGUAUUUUAAUAUAUAAAGCACUUCCCUUGCUGCAUGAUCUCACAGAGCUGAGACUAGGAAACGCACGCAGAACUUAUGAUAUGAACCUCGAAGUAGGCACAUUCAGAAACACUUUGGAAAAAUUUUCAUCCCGUAGCUGUUGGGACAGAGAUAUACAAACCCUUGCUAACAGCUGCAGGAUGCUCAGGUGUUUAGAUAUUAGUGGGUCUUUCCAUAUCUCUGAUAUGGUUGCAGACUAUAUAUUACAGUUUAAACAUUUGGAGGAACUGAAUUUAUGUGAAAUCCAUUCGUUAUCUGAAGAAGGUCUACAGCACAUUCUGAAUGGCCUCGCCGAUGUUGAAUUAUCCAGCAGUUUGAAGCCUAAUGAAAUUUCUCCGAGUUCUACUGAAGACCUGAUGGUCAGUGCAACCUCUUCAGCUGACAAGUCACGUUCACCCACAUUACGGUCACAGAUGUUGAAGAGUUUCGGAUGUAGCUACGCUACGGUACAACACAUACAUGUAAUCGCUCAGUUUUCUAACCUAACUUCACUUUCCCUGUCUAACAUAUUAACCUGUAUAUUGACUCCACUUCAAAAGUUGAAACAUUUAAAGAAUUUUACUCUGAUAGAUUCUAGGUUCAUUCUUGCACAAGACCUACUGAUAGCGAUAGGCAGUCAACUGAAGUGCUUGAAUAUCAUUGAUGUGUUUGGCACUGAUCUUCACUUCAUAAGCGAGAAAUGUCCUUCACUUGUCUGCCUUCAUCUUUGUUUUCAUAAAGUUGAAGAUCUGUGGUUACUACGUCGAUAUCAAGCUCCUGACCCCAAUCGGCUGCAUAUUUUCGACUUUCCCGCUGUUGUCUUUCUUGAGCUCUUCGUAUGUGAACCGUCUACUGCACAAUAUAUUGUAACUCUUUUCCCAAAUUUGAAGAAAUUGUGUAUGAGAUACAUUUUUGAUGAUACAUUUCUUGUUUGGAUACGUAGCCAUGAAAAUCUUCAACAUCUGAAGGAAGUGUUCUGGGGAGACGAUUCUGUGAUACAAUUUACUGAGAAAUGUGCCUACAUCACAGAAUUUUAUUCCGAUGGAAGAACUUCAGUUUAUAAAAUGCAGAAAUGAGACAAGAAGAGUGAGAACAUGCCUAACAUAUUGACUUCAGUAAAAAUUCCGGCAUUUAUUUCAAAGUCCCGAUGAUAAGUUAGCUGAAAUCCGCAAUGGAAAAGCAACUAACACAUAUAGCAGAAGAGUACAAAGAGAAAUAUCUCUUCUACAUACUUAAUAACAAAGAUAGCAGGAGUAAGUGGCUUAUUUCUAUACAUAUAUCACGACAGUGGAACGGAAAGAGGGAAUAAAAGACAUGUUCUAGAUUUUGCUUUUAAGUCUGUUAAGUAAGCUAUAAUUUAUGCAUGAGAAAAAUAGCUACAUUUUACAUAUUUUAUACGUAUGCUUCUCGUCUAAUAAAAGAACUGCGUGCUAGAGAAAAAAGGCAAAGAAAUGGAACUU